GUUCAUUGAUACAGCUUACUCAAAAAAUAAUGAUGAAAAGUUGUUUUUUUUACAAAAGUCAAGCACCAAAACAGCCGGCUAAAAACUGUUCGAUAGAGGUCUUAACUGGAGUCAAUGUAUAUGACAUGCAACAGUCAGGCUAUUACUGCGGUAGAUUAAGUCCAAGAAAAACAUUAGAACUUGAUGGAGUUUUAGCUAGAUAUGUCCAAAUUCAGACGCAUUGUUCAAAUACAAUUUGUGAGCUGCAAGUUUUUGGGGACAAAGGUUAUAGUCUUGAUGAAACAUACAGGGACGAACUUCUUUUUUUGAAUAAAGUUCAUGGGGAAUGGAGUGAGUGGUCACCAUGGACAGAUAUCUGCUACUGUGGAGGUAAACAAUGGCGUCGAAGACACUGCAACAACCCAAAGCCAAUGUUUGAUGGAAAUGAUUGUCCUGGAAAAGCUCUGACAAGCAGGCCAUGCUCGCAUGUACUGACCAACUGUCAAUCAUAUGUUGAACCUCAAGAACAAACUUUGGAAAACAUUUGUUACAAUGCCUUAUCAGCUGUCGAUGGAUUAAGUAAUUGGAGCCCAUGGGGCCAUUGUUCAUCUGAUUGUGGAUAUGGUCUUAUGUGGAGAAAAAGAACUUGCAGUGUAAAACAAGGUUCAGAUAGUUCACUACACUGUAAAGAGGAUGUCCACGAAAGUCAGAAAUGUCUUGGAAAUGGAAGUUGUCUAGGCAAGUGUUUGUGCAUAUUGGUAAAAUUUACUGAAUGA